GUCAUAGCCAUGCCUCUGAACGCGUGUGUUGCAGGUAUUGAGUUGGCAGGGCUUAACUAAUCUUCGAAAUUUCAAUAGUACAUUCUUCUUGCACUCCAUGAGGAGGAAGCUUUCAAUUUAUACUUCCCUCCGCAACUCCCAGCUACUCCCAAGACCCCUAAACCCUCCAAGAAGACCAAAAAACCGUCAGCUCAAAAGCCCAACAAGGACAACAGCUCCCCUCAAACUCCGGACUCCAUAAAGCGUCGCUUUUCUCUCGAGAAAGCUGGCAAGACUAUCAAGAAAGUUUACUCUGACACUCGCGAUCUAAUCGGCAACAUGUCUGAGAGACCUUUAGACGCAGUCAAGCGUGCGAGCAAGAAAGCCGACCGAGCCCCUCACCUUCGUAAGAAGAACCAAACUGGCAUGGACACUAUUGAUGUUCUUGACGAAACCGGAUUCGGCGGAGCUUAUCAUCACGAUGGUCCCUACGACGCAACACUGGCUUCACGCAAUCGCGACAAGCGAUAUGCUCCCGUAGAAGCUGUUAAGUACGGUAACCAAGAGGCUCUUAAAGCCACCCCGCGAGAGAACGUCGUCGACUCUCUAGAACGCCACGUCCCUCUUCAGGGAACCGCUACCAUUCCUCCCGGCGCACGAGAUUACGGUGGUCGCGUCAUGAACUACGAGGAAGGCGCCGAUUUAAUGCGUGAGGCCGAUGCGCCCGGCGGUGCUUACAAGCGAUGGGACAAUGUCAAGUACCACCCCAACGAUCUCAAGGGCAAGGGAGAGCCCUCUUACACCAUCGAAGAGGACCAGAAGAAGCAAAAGCGCAUGCAGAACCAGACCCUCCACCCCUCGGGCGUCUAUGAGAUGCAGCCCACCGCACGCACUAGCGGACGCAACGAUAAGGACGAUGACGUCGUUGUGCGACAACGCAGCACCAGUCUCGGAUCCGCCGGAACUUCUUCUCCUAAGGGCAAGCGAUUGAGCGAUGGUAUCAAGCGCCGCAUUGGUAGUCUUCGCCGAAAGCACGAUGAGCCUUAAGUAAUUCGAUCCGAUGUACUUGGGUAAUCUCGUUUGCUUAUUGUGCACUUGUCGUCGCGCUAUGACUUCUACUUGCACCCCCACUAGCACGGAAUUGCAUGGCAUGCAUGCAUGGCUGUGCUUUUUGUUUCUUUCGGCGUUUUCUACUUCGCUGACUUACGACUAGAUGCACGGCUAAUUGCCUCCGGUCGGGUUUCGCAGAGUUUUCGAAGGAGCUUUAUGCGAAAGGCUCUAAUUAUUUCGCACAUUCAACUCAAUGCAUCAGCUAAUUGAAAGAAUGCGAGAACGAAGGAACAGACGAAUUUCACGCUCUAAUACACCAAAACUCCCCCACAUUUUCCUUUGUAUUCAAAUCGGAAUGAUUCCGAAUGGUCACGUUUUCUUAGACAUGACGCCGCAUGGCAUGGCACGGUAUCGCAGGAGGGCAACGUAAUGAAAAGCACGGCGAUGGAAGUAAUGCAUUUUUAAUCUGGUAUGGCAUGUUCGGCCAGGUUUCGGAAAGAUAGGAGGAAAUAAAGGAAAGGAAGAUGGCAAAGGUCACGAUCAGUUCACAGAAUGAGGGAUACCAGAUACUACUAGUUCCCACGAUUUAAUUGCUACACAAUCGCCUCGGGUUCCUAUAACCCGAUGGCC